ACUACGCAAUAUGGGUCAGCCACUUUCUGGAACAGCAACCCGGAAGACAGAGACCCGGCCUAUAGCAUAAUGUAUAUACAGCACGAACCUAGUUAUACCUUCAUUCUAAUAUUCUUUGUCGCAGGGAGGACAUUUACAUACUACACCACUCACUUCGGAAGUAUAAACGGCAUUCGAAAACGCUAACGAAAUGAAUAUCAAAAUCUUCCUAGACUGGGUGCUGGUGAUUGCGCUGGUCAUUCUCUCCAAGAUUAACAAAUGGAGAGUCAGUUUUAUCACGCAUGGAUCACAAGAGCCGCUGACAUUCCUGCGUGAACCUCACGACUCCCUUGCCGCCCAAUUUGGAGAUGAGAUUAAGUUGGAAUGUCAGACUUUACAGGACGAUACUCAAAUAAACUGGUAUCAUAACACCGUGCGUGUGAACCCCGGUGGGCGCCCUCUGCCAAACAGCCUGGUCAAAGUCGAGGUCAUCAACAGGCUAAGUCGUCUAGUCAUCAGGAAGCUGACCCCAGACCUCCAGGGGCGCUAUCAUUGUAAAGCUUUCAACAAAAACGCAGCGGUCAGGAAAGGUGCCUGGGUCAAUUUCACCACUUCUGGGAGUUGCUCAAAUGGGAAUCAAGAAGAAGACGGCGGAAACUACAUAAAGAAAUCUGGUGACCCUUUCUCCUUGAAUAACACGGAGAGAGGUGUAAAGAAGUUUAUAUGGACGAAAUCCAGUUCAGAGAACUCAUAUAAGUUAACAUACUUCAACGAAAAAAAAGAACCGGUGGGGCAGAAUAGUUCGAAUCACGUCCAAGUUUCACCAAAUGGUUCGCUGAGUAUUGCCUCCUUGAAUAUUCUGGACCAGGGAGGCUGGACGUAUAUGACUGCGGACUCUAGCGGCUGCAUGAAACAGACCAAGUACCACUUGGAAAUAGUGUCUUCGGAAGCUGACGUUUGCGGCAGGUCCGACAGAUAUAUCCAGGAAGUUGAUGAUGAAAAAGUGAACACAGAUGCUGGGGUGGUCAGUCAGAUUGUUGGUGGAAAAGACGCGGAGAAAGGGUCGGCACCAUGGUUUGUAGGUCUCUGCAGGACGGACAAGCCGAAAGUUUACUGUGGUGGGACACUGAUAGGCAAAAAGUGGGUCGUUACAGCAGCCCAUUGUCUCUACAAGGGAAAGCCUAAUAAAAAAUUGAUCCCCUCGAAAGAUGUGUCGAUAAGAGUAGGGAGCCACUCGCCAGAUUGUGACAUAAAUGAAAAUAUUCCCAUCAGCCGUGUGAUAAGACAUCCAAAAGAAAAUAUAAUUAACAACGAUUACGACAAUGAUAUCGCGAUCUUAGAGCUAAGUGUGCCUGUGGGGAAUUACUCAGACUCGAUUAAGCCAGCCUGUCUGGAGAAGAGCAGCUUUUAUUCGGAAGAAGAUGUAUACAAGCAGGGGAAAGUGGGCACGAUUGUCGGUUUGGGGAGACUUGACGAAAAAAACCAAGGCGGUGCUAAAACGCUACAGACGGUGGACGUUCCAAUUGUUGCUCAAGCACAAUGCAGAAGUGCCACAUCUUAUCACUUUGGUAAAAACACAACGAUAUGUGCAGGUGUCCCAGAGGGCGGGAAAGAUGCAUGUCAAGGCGACAGUGGCGGUCCCUAUACCAUGAAGCUUCGAGAACGGACGUUCCUGGUGGGUGUAAUCAGUUGGGGGAAAGGGUGUGCCCGAAAAGGAAAGUACGGAUACUAUGUGGAUGUGGGGAAAUAUUACGACUGGCUACUUCAGGAGACGACUGGUGGUGGUGGACCAGCAACUGUAGCUCCAACAGACUACGUCUACUACGUCGACUACUGACAGGACUAGUUUU